AUGACUGAAGCCUACAUCACCAUCCUUAUCAAUGAUAACUACUUACCAGGCUCCCUUGUCUUAGCCAGAUCCCUUAGAGAUCUAGGAACAACAAAGGAAUUGGCAAUUUUGGUUGCAAACGUCUCUAACGAGGCAAUUGAACUAUUAAAACAAGUUUAUGACGAUGUGAUUCCUGUUAAUCCAAUUUUAAGUACCUCUUUUGAUGAAUUAUCAACCUUAGGUAGAAUAGAUCUUGUUUCAACUUUUACAAAAAUCUUGGUUUGGUCUCAGCAUCAAUAUUCUAAAAUCAUUUAUUUAGAUUCUGAUGUUUUACCAAUUGUUAAUAUUGAUGAAUUUUUCAAUGAAUUACAAAAUGAUGAUUUAAUUGCAGCUUCCCCUGAUAGUGGUUGGCCUGAUAUUUUCAAUUCUGGUGUUUUCAUUACAAAACCUUCUGAAACAAUUUUUAAUGAUUUAUUCCAUUUAAUUCAAAAUGAUGAUAAGGCUUCAUUUGAUGGUGCUGAUCAAGGUUUAUUAAAUGAAUAUUUCUUGGGGAAAUGGAAAAGAUUACCAUUUACUUUUAAUGUUACUCCUUCGGCUGGUUAUCAAUAUGUUCCAGCUUUUACAAGAUUUGCAAAAGAUAUCAAAAUUAUACAUUUUAUUGGAUUGAAUAAACCUUGGCUAACAAGAGAUUCAAAUUCUUUUGCGUCAACUAGUUUUGGUAAAGGUUAUGAAAUUAUUACAAAUAUUCAUAAAAAUUGGUGGAAAGUUUUCAAUUCUCAUUAUUUUGGUAAAAUUGCAGGUGAUAUUUUUAAAAUUUCAAAUAUUAAACCAAUUGAAGAUUUUUCAAAUAAAGGUGAAGCUCACUUAUUAGCUUUGCCAAAUUCAAUUAUUAAUCAAUGGGAUAAUCUUGAUUUGAAUGAAGAUGAAGAUGAAGGUGAUGGAUUUGAAUAUCAAGCUCCCCCACCUAUUUUCCCUUGGGAACAAGCUUCAAAUAGAGCUGAGGCAACUAGAGUCUUUGAUGAAGAAACUGAUUUCUAUGUUGAUUAG